AUGCAACCAGGAGGUCCUCCCGCUCCACCACCACCACCACCUCCACCUUUACCCCCACCACCUCCAGCCCUAAAUGGCCCAGGCCUCAUUGCCAAGGGUGAGCACCGUCGCUCCAGGAUGCGCAAUUUCAACUGGGAAACCAUUCCCAAACACACCGUGAUAGGAAAGCACAACAUCUGGACAGUAGAUAAACCUGAUGGGGAAUAUGAGCUGGACACUGAUCGCAUGGAGGAACUAUUCAGCCACAAGCAGGGCCAGCAACAACUUAAGGCCCUGAAACGCCAAAGCUUUAGGGGCGUGCCAACUGCUGCCUCAGGAGGGGAAAUGGUUUCCAUCCUCAGCUCCAAGCAGAGCAUGAACAUUGGAAUUUUCCUUAAGCAGUUCAAGCGGCCUGUAACGGACAUGAUUGAAGAAGUGAAAUCAGGAAAUGCUCUCAGUUUUGGUUCCGGAAAACUGAGGGAGCUGUGCAAGAUGCUGCCAGAUGACGGGGAGAUGAAACAGCUGCUGAGUUUCAAAGGUGACCAAUCCGCACUCCCUGAUGCAGAUUUGUUUAUGUUAAUGCUGGUCAAGAUUCCCAGUUAUGAAGUGCGUGUCAGCAGUUUGGUCCUGAAAGAGGAAUUUUUCCCCUUGAUGGAUGAAAUGAAAGAAUUCAUUUGCACUUUGACAACUGCUGCAAAGGAACUGUUGGAUUCUGAUCAUCUUCAUUCUGUCAUUCGGCUGGUACUAAAGACUGGAAAUUACAUGAAUGCUGGUGGCUAUGCUGGCAGUGCAAUUGGCUUCCGAAUGGCUUCUCUGCUGAAGUUAGUUGAUACCAAAGCAAACAAACCCGGAAUGAAUCUCAUGCAUUAUGUUGUGAUGGAAGCUCAGAAAGCUGAUAUGGCCCUGCUUAGAUUUCCAGAACAACUCAAACACAUUGAAGCUGCAGCAAGAAUAAAUAAAUGUGACAUUGAAGCAGAGUUUCAAAGACAGAUAAAGAAAGUGAAAGAUGCCAAAGCAAACACAUUGAAGCAGGAAGACCUAAAAGCUCAGAUGGAGGAUUUUCUAAAGGAGGCUGAGGUCUGCGUGGCAGAAACAGAGGCAGAUCUUAAGGAACUGCAGUCAGUGAGUGACUCAGUGGCAGAGUAUUUCUGUGAAGAUCCCAGCAAGUUCAAAAUGGAGGAGUGUUGCUCCAUUUUCAAGUCUUUCUGUGAGAGGUUUAUGCGAGCAAUGCAGGAAAACAAGGCCCGAGAGAUGGCAGAGUUGAAGCGAAGACACAAAGACAGAUUGCAUAAUGCUGCCAAGCGCAGGUCCACAGCUACAUGCUCCAGUAGAGACAAAGAAAUGGAUGGUAUUGCAUUAGAGUCCAUGUUACAGAACUUCCUUACCAAUCGUGUCUCCAGGAGAAGAUCAGGACGGCCCUCAUCCACUUAUGGAAGCCCAACAAGUGGCAGUCCCAACAAUAGGAGCCUGUCAGAAAUUACCUCUCAGGCAAACCUACCAACUGGUAAUCAAAAUAAAGGAGGCCUUUUUAGGAUUAAGGAGAUGAGCAGAAAAGAGUGGAAUUCAGCAGGUGAACUCACAGGGAACUCUUCACAAAACAACACAGAGUCUAAUAGCAAGGACAAUAAGGCAAAAGAUGGCAUCCCACAUAAGGAGAUGAAAACUCCUGGAAAAGAGGACUCUGCUGGUAUUACAAACCCAGCCAGUAAGAUCCCCAGCACUUCCUUCCCAGACAAAUCUUUCUCAGCCCCCACUGAGGAUGGUGAGGAAGAUAUACAGGACAAUAAUGAGGCAGAGGCCCAAAAGUUGCGUGAAGCAUCAAAGAAAGUUUUGCAGUUUCAGAACAAUGUCAGUUCAGGCAGAACAGGCAGUGUCUCAUCUGGAGAACAUUCGCUGGAAAAUCAGAAAUCUCCUGGUGCAAAUAGUGCCUUACCUCGUCAGUACACCUUCGAUGAGGAGACACAGAGGUAUCCUGGAGACCCAACCAAUGAGGACUUGGUUAAAUUUUUGCUCAAUCCACAGUCCCCCUCAAAACGUAACCUUGGCCGCCGCCAUACUCUACCUACUAAGGUCCCUAAAAGGGAGGAGGAAGAUGAAGACAAUCUGUGGGUUCAGCCUUCAGUCAUCAGUGACAGUCCAUCAGUUACCUUCAGUAACUCUCACUAUUGUGUGGCCUCCUCAUGGCUGCUGCUGCUGCUGCUGCUGCUGCUGCUGCUGCCAGAUUGCAGCAGCCAUCUUGACUAA